CGUGGUGUUUCCGUCGCCUGAGUGAGGCGGCUCUGGUAGGAGGAAGGGGAAGAGGAAACUUCCAUGGAGAGACGGCGAUCGCGAGUCUGACUUGCUGAAGAUGAAAGGAUGAACUUGGAAUAACUGCUGUUCCAAAGCUCCCCUCUCCCCUCCCGCAACCUGUCCAAAUGGCUGCCGGUCCAGGUAACUCGUCUGGGCCGUCUGGCCCUCCCACCGCUCUGCCGGAUCCAGGAGUCGCAGUAUGGGAAUGGCAGGAUGAGCUUGGCCGAUGGAGGCCGUACGGGAGUGGCGUCUGCAGCUUCAUUGAGCAGUCUUUCCAGACCCUCCUGAUGAAGGGUCGGCGGCUGUCAGGGACCUGGCCUGUCAAUGGCAGCAUCUCCUUGGGACAGGCGGACGCCUCCUUGGCCCCAUACAUUAUCGAUAUUCAGAGCCUCACACAAUUCCGGCAGGAUACAGGCACCAUGCGGGCUGUACGUCGGCACAUCUUCCAGCUGGACUCGGCGGCCGGGCAGGGUGUUGUCUGGGAAUGGCAGAACGACGAAGGAGGCUGGUUCCCCUACGAGAUGAACGUCUGUGUCUAUUUGGAGCAAGCCUUCACAAUCGGUUGCCCCCAGGUGGAUCUCGGGUCCUUGGGUUAUAACUACGCCGUUAAUCUUGUGACACUGACCCAGACGAACAAGACCACCGGCUAUCAGCGUGGGAUCCGGAGGCGCGUAGACUCACCGUACCCAGUAGCCACGAUCAUAGGGCCUGCUCACACGGGGCCCACCUGUUCAUGCCAGCAGUGCCUGUUGAAUAGCAGGUCUGGACCCAUUACCACACGAUAUCGGCACUCCAUGGGGAACCUCCCGGGGUCUUCAGCCGGAAUACAAGGGGCCGGCAGGACUGCUGGGUUUGGUCCUUCUCUCCCAGGCUUCCUGCCUUAUAACAAACCAGCCAUGUCUGGAGCAAGGUCUAUGCCAAGGCUGAAUGCACACAGCACAGGGGCAACGCUGCAGUCAGCUGCUGUCGGUGGGCCAAGCCCAGGGAACGCCGUCGCAUCCAAAGGAGUUAGUGUACCGAAACUACCUGUGAACAUGACCGGGCACAGCAAAGUGAGCCAAGCUCUGGCAGGCAUGAUGGCCUUUCUGAUGUCAGUCCCAGGACUUCCUGUGCACCUCACCCCGGCACCUCAGCCCACCAGCUCCCAUAGAGCCUCUAAAAAACGCAACUCAGUUAAGGAAGGGAGGAAAAUGCACACCAAAGGUGCAGCCAGCAGCCCGGAAGAGGUAGUUAAAAAGUACUUGGAGGAGUUGAAGGCGCCCCCUGCUGAUGAGGACUGCAUCAUCUGCAUGGAAAAACUGGCCGUGCCUUCGGGCUACAGUGACAUGUGCGACUGCAAGACAAUCAAGCCCGAGAGCGUGGGGAGACUCGCCAAGUGCGGCCAUGCCUUCCACCUGCUUUGCCUGCUAGCCAUGUACACCAGUGGGAACAAGGACGGCAGCCUCCAGUGCCCAUCUUGUAAGGCCAUCUAUGGUGAGAAGACGGGCACCCAGCCCGGUGGGAGGAUGGAUGUUUCCAAACUCGCAGACUCCCUCCCGGGCCACGAGGACUGUGGCUCCAUACAGAUUGCAUACUAUAUCAGCAAAGGCAUUCAGGGUCCAGAGCAUCCCAACCCAGGGUUGCCGUACACAGCAAGAGGCUUCCCGCGUUACUGCUACCUGCCUGACAAUGCAAAGGGGAGAAAGGUGCUGGAGCUCCUGAGGGUGGCUUGGAAGAGGCGUUUGAUCUUCACAGUUGGGACAUCCAGCACGACGGGGGAGAGCAACACUGUGGUGUGGAAUGAGAUCCACCACAAGACAGAGAUGCACUCCAAUGCCUCGGGCCACGGCUACCCUGAUCCCAACUACUUGGACAAUGUGCUGGCCGAGCUUGCGGCUCAGGGUGUCACGGAGAACUGUUUGGCAUCCUGAACGUGUCCCCUCUGUCUUGGAAGUGGCCGGCAAUAGAGGCUGGAGCCUGUACUCUCUCGGACCAAGGGUGCUUGCCUCAAGGCUGCUGGCCGUCACCCCCGUUGCCUUAACAUUGUUUGCCCUUUUCUGAGCAAUAACACUGUCUCUGGGAUCGUCCAACCUGGUUGUGGAGAGGAGAUAUAUAUACAUAUAUACGUAUACAUAUGCUGAUAAAAAUAUUUUCUCUGCCUUUUUUAAGGGCUCCUGGUUCUGACCCACCUUAAAUGUACAUGGUGAAGUGUACCUCUCUCUUGGAGGACAGCAUAAACGGAUACAGUGGCUUAACUCUCUCCUCCUUAUAUCAUCCAUUGUGCAGCUGCCGUUAUCCCAAGUGCCCGGGAAGGGGGGGAGGAAGGCAGGCAGCUUUUCCUUGUUCGGCCCCUCCCCUUCCCUCCCCCGUAUCUUCCACAAGCCAGGUGCCGCUGAUGCACUUUGAGGGUAAAUAUCCUCUUCUUGCAGGGAAAAUGAUUUUUACCUGCCUAUUUGUUUAUAAAUUUAAUAAAUUGAAGAGGAAUUAA